UGGAUCAAAAAAUCAUCCCGUGGAUGUCGCCUAAACAAUGUUCUAUAUUUUAUAUACUACGACGAUGUUAAAUCAUAAAACGACCGUCGUCUUCCGCAAUUCACGCCAAAACAUUAAAGAAAGAAAGUGAAAACGGCAGUGGAAAAAAAAACAUUCUCUCUCUCUCUGUAUAUAAACACAGCAAUGAAACCGCAAUAGCUUCACUAAUCACUCACGUCUUUACUUUAAUCCAAUCCGGAUCUGGUAUCCUGACGGUUCGUCUGUUAACCGGCUCCGGUUUAAACGAGGCGGUGGGGAGAGAGAGAGAGAGAGAGAGAGAGAGAGAGAGUCCGGUGAUACAUACACAUGUGGUGACGCGGAGGAGAGAAGAUUCUUGGGAUGGGCUGUGUCAACUCCAAGCAGACAGUGUCUGUAACGCCGGCGAUCGAUCACUCCGGAGUGUUCAAGGACAAUGCUUCGGUGCAAGAACCUUCUCCGGCGGUGCAGAAGAAGCUUGUCUCGUGGAGGAGCAAGAGCGGGAGCGAGUCGUUGAGUUUCCGCCUCGGUAACCUAAGCAAAUACUUGGAAGCUGAGCAAGUCGCCGCAGGUUGGCCUGCGUGGUUGAGCAAUGUCGCCGGCGAAGCUAUCCAUGGCUGGGUCCCGUUUCCAUCUGACGCUUUCGAAAAGCUCGAAAAGAUUGGACAAGGGACAUACAGUAGCGUGUUCCGUGCUAGAGAGACCGGAACAGGGAAGAUAGUGGCUUUGAAGAAGGUUAGGUUUGACAAUUUUGAGCCAGAGAGUGUUAGGUUCAUGGCUAGAGAGAUUUUGUUACUUAGGAGACUUGAUCAUCCCAACAUUAUCAAACUUCAAGGUUUAGUUACUUCAAAACUCUCUUGCAACAUCCAUCUCGUCUUCGAGUACAUGGAGCAUGAUCUCACUGGUCUUCUCUCUAGCCCUGACAUCAACUUCACUACUCCACAGAUUAAGUGUUAUAUGAAGCAAUUGUUGUCUGGACUUGAUCACUGUCACACACGAGGUGUGAUGCACCGUGACAUAAAGGGUUCGAAUCUUUUGGUUAAUAAUGAAGGAGUAUUAAAGGUGGCUGACUUUGGACUAGCAAACUUUUGCAAUGCUUCUGGGAAUAAGCAACCUCUUACUAGCCGUGUUGUGACUCUGUGGUACCGUCCUCCGGAGCUUUUACUUGGGUCAACGGAGUAUGGAGCUUCUGUUGAUUUGUGGAGUGUUGGCUGUGUUUUCGCCGAGCUUCUUCUCAAAAAACCUCUUCUGCAAGGAAGAACUGAGGUCGAGCAGUUGCACAAGAUAUUCAAACUAUGUGGAUCUCCACCCGAAGAUUACUGGAAAAAGUCCAAACUUCCUCACGCGAUGCUAUUCAAACCACAGCAACAUUAUGAUGGUUGUCUCCGAGAAACCUUGAAAGAUUUAUCCGAAGCUGACGUUAGUCUCAUAGAAACUCUUCUUUCUGUUGAGUCCCAUAAACGUGGGACUGCCUCUACUGCCCUUGUUUCCCAGUAUUUCACUACAAAACCUUAUCCUUGUGAUCCCUCAAGCUUGCCUGUAUACUCGCCUAGCAAGGAGAUUGAUGCAAAACAUCGAGAAGAAACAACAAGGAAAAAGAUCUGCGGGAAUGGGAGACGUGGAACAGAAUCAAAGAAGCCAACACGAAAGCCUCCUGCAUUUGCUAAAUUAGCACUAGCUGAGGACGCAAGACGCCCUUCCCAGAAUUUUCCGAAACAUAAUGGUCAUUCAGUUCAUAACUCAAUCGAUAGCGACGCCAGUUUAUAUGGGAAACUGCAAAAGCCAUCAGAACAAGAGAAAGUAGAAGCUUCUCAUGUGAAGAAGAAUGGAGAUGUACCAUUCUCAGGGCCUUUGCAAGUCUCUGUAUCAAGUGGUUUUGCAUGGGCAAAGCGACGAAAAGAUGACAUAUCUGUUAGGUCACAUAAUAGAUCUCUCUCAAGAGGAGGUCACGUUCCUAACCUGUUGGGUCCUUCUCCUGCUUUCAGUGAGAUCUCUGACGUUGAGUCUAAGAUGAAAGAGAAUGAAAAGGAAGAGAAACAACUCGAGGGAUAUGAGAUGUUUAAGCUUUCAAUGCUGAAGAAGUGGAGACAACUUGAACGUCCAGAUUCUUUUGAUGCUUCGGAUGAGUAUCAUUCCCAGGAUCUAUCAUUGGCACUUUAUCAGAGAGAAGAAAAGGCAGCAAAACUGGGACACUUGGGUUACUACAAAGACAAUGACGAAAAAAUCGAAUUCUCGGGACCUUUGUUGUCUCAAUCUUAUGGAGUUGAUGAGCUUCUUGAACGCCAUGAACGCCAGAUUCGCCAGUUAGUUCGAAAAUCUUGGUUUCAGAAAGGUAAGAAACAAGGGAAAUGACUCUGCAUAAUAUCAUAAAAUGCUUCCUAAGUGGAUCCAGAAGAUCUCCAAGAACUCGAAAGAGCUGAAACACAACGAUAACAAGAUCUCUAGAAACAGUGAAAGCCAGGGAGAGUUAUUUUUGUUAUUGUUAUUAAUAAUUUAAUCUUCUUAAGUUCAAAUUUUGAGUAUAUAAUAACGACAACGUAAUCUAUAGAUUCCAAACAUAAUGUAAAGAGUUAGUGCAAUGCCAUAGCAUAUAUUUCUAUA